AUGGCAUCGGUCACUUCAUUAACGUCCGAGAAGGACAACGAUGAGGAUCGCGACACCAUGCACGAGGAGGCGAUUGAGGACGAGGAUCAUGACAUCAGCUCAGAGUUGGAUCCAUCGCAGCGAGAAUACCUCGAAUUUCACCGGCAAUUAGACGGAUUCCUAGCGCCUCUGUGUUUGGAGGAGGCAGUGCUGUACAGAUUAGCUCGUCGCUUCUCGGAAACCUACCGCCACCUGGCCUUGACUUCGGAUCAGCAAUUCCUGCCGACCCCAGUGACUCGGCUGCCUACCGGUCAAGAGACUGGCCGAUAUCUGGCGAUUGACGUGGGAGGCAGUAACCUCCGGGUCGCGUUUAUCGAGUUGCUCGGUGAAGUGGAGGAGUCAGAUUCCCGCCCUGCGGAUGCAUCGGAGAGGUCGCAAGACACCAUUCGCAAGGCCCAGCGACAACGGGUCAAACGCACAUUGGAACGAGCAUGGCCAAUCCAGGAGCAUCUGAAGAAGGACAAAGCAGAGGACUUGUUCGCGUGGAUUGGCGACUGCAUUGCUGAAGUGGUAGCUGAGAGCCUGACUUCGGAUGCCACGAAGAAGGACAUUCCCGCAGAAUUAGAUAUGGGUAUCACCUUCAGUUUCCCAAUCAUGCAAGAAUCGCUGGCCGAGGCAACCCUCAUGCCAAUGGGCAAGGGAUUUGCUAUUACGUCUAAUCUCGAUCUUCGCAAUAUCCUUCUGAAUGGAUACGAAAAACACACCAGGAGGCCGGAUGAUGAGGAGGAGCCUUCUUCCAAGCGCCGGAAGCUUUUUGCUCUGCCAAAGCUAAAGAUCCAGGCCAUUACGAACGACACGGUUGCGACUCUCGCUUCGCUUGCAUACAAGGUGAAACAGUUGCCCAACAGCCGAGUCGCUAUGGGUAUCAUUGUGGGCACUGGAUGCAACGCGACUAUUCCGAUGAAGUUGAGCGAGCUUCACGAAUCCAAGGCCAAGAGUGUUAACACAAUGGAUCCCAGGGCCGUGGAGACGAUUGUCAACACAGAAUGGACCAUCUCUGGAGCUGCGCCACCACUAUCUGAACUCAACAUUACGACCAAAUGGGAUGUUGAAUUGGACCGAGCGUGCACACGCCCGGGAUUCCAGCCAUUCGAGUACAUGACAGGUGGUCGAUACAUUGGUGAAUUGAUUCGUUUGAUCCUGUUCGACUACCUUACGACCGUAGGAGGUUUAUCCAAGCGAGUCCUACCGGCGAACCUGGUUCAAGAGUACGCCCUCACAACGACCUACAUUUCCGACAAUGUGGCCAAAGCCCGAUCAGACCAGGACCUGGCGAAAACGCUAAACGAAUCUCUCCCCCCACCCGAGAGCAGCGACUGGCGCUGGGAUGCGCGGACAGCCAGUGCAUUCCGGAGAAUCGCGCGAGCUGUGCAAAGACGAUCAGCAGGACUGAUCGCCGCAGCCGUGAUCGGCCUCUUGGCCUGCUGUCGUGAAAUCGAAUUAAAGGAAGACAGCAACACCAAUACCCCCGAAGCCGCCGCUUCUCCACAAAGCAACGGAGAUGUCCAUAUCUCUAGUAGCACAGCCACCCCGUCAUCCAUUGCAACACCAGGCAACAGUGUCCACGGCCACGUUGUCCCAGUCCUCCAACCACUGCCUGCAGACUGGCAGUCCGGUCCAGAAGAGCUCGUUGUCGCCUACACGGGCGGCAUCAUCCAACAUUACCCGCAGUUCAAGGAAAUGUGCCAACAACACGUCGACCGUCUUAUCAUGCGCACGGGUCCUCAACGGGGAGGAAAGUCGGUGUUUUUACGAGAAGCGUCGGAUGGUGGCGUCAUUGGAGCGGGUGUUUUGGCCAGCAUGGUUGUCGGCAAGUAA